AAGGGGAAAAAGGGAAAAACGAUGACCAAUCUUAUCUGUUCAUCAAGCUGAGAAUUGAGGUGGUGAAGGUAUCGGAUAUUGAGAAUGGCGUGUGGGAGUAGCGCUAGCUGCACAUGGAGCAUGGCGACGCUGAGAUCAGCCCUCCCUUCCCUUCCUUCUCUUCUUUGUGCUCCCUCUCGCAUCACACUCACUCGCCCUAAACCCAUGCCAAUUCUUCCCUCUUUCACAGGCCUCGCUCCUCUCUCCCCCCUCCUCUCUCUCUCUUCUCCAGAAUCCACUAGCUUUGAGCAUAAUUUCACCAUUAUUGACAAUGGGGGUCGAAUCUCUGCCAUGAGACAUGGGAGGCGUGUCCCCAAACUCAAUAGGCCCCCUGAUCAGCGUCGGGCACUCCUUCGCGGCCUUACUACUCAGCUCCUUAAAUAUGGUCGCAUCAAAACAACUAGAGCAAGGGCAAGUGCCAUGAGAAAGUAUGUUGAUAAAAUGAUAACAUUGGCAAAGGAUGGAUCCCUUCAUAAGAGGAGACAGGCACUUGGGUUUAUUUAUGAAAAACAGAUUGUCCAUGCAUUAUUUGCUGAAGUCCCAGAUAGGUAUGGGGACAGGAAUGGAGGUUACACAAGAAUAAUUAGAACUCUGCCAAGGCGAGGGGACAAUGCACCAAUGGCUUACAUUGAGCUCGUUUAGCUGCUUACUAAUCCUCCUCAUGGUUAUUUUGUUGAUGAUUUAAUAGGUAAUCCACCCUGUAAUGGAAUUCGUCACUUGAAUUGUUUCUCUUAGUGCAGACAUAAUUUUGGUUGUCUAAUUUUGUGCUUGCCAAUGAUGGAUAGAAUGAUUAUCCAAUUUUAAAUGUAGGCAAAACCCAGUGGAUCUGAUGCUGCUUUGUCAUGUUUUUGUUACUGAGGUGCAUUUUGAUCUACCUGGAUGUUGCAGGAUAGAUUUUGUA